ACGGGGCUGAGAAUAAAAAGGUUCGACGGAGUAUAAAAAGGAGAGAAUCUAAAAAGGAUUACUUGCCCUAAAAGCAUUUCUUAGCCAUUUGUUGACCACUGUUGACUGUACAACACAUAGCAACUCCACAAAGCGCACUACUCCGUUGCUUGUCGGCUGCUGUACCGUGUUUCGCCGGCGAGGAUUUGGAAGCCAUGGCGGAAGAAGCCGUAUUAGGUUAUCUAGAGAAGAACGAGGAGAUAUCGGAUUCGGGAAAAUUCGCCGAUGAAAAGGGAAUCAGUCACGAUGAGAUCGUCAAUGUCAUCAAGAGCCUCAACGGUUUCCAACUUGUGGACGCGCAAGACAUUAAGAGGGAAAGAUGGGGGCUCACCAAGGAGGGGGAAACGUAUGCCGGGGCAGGAUCUCCUGAAGUCCAACUCUAUUUAGCUAUACCACCAGAGGGUACAACACGGGAAGAGUUGCAGAAAAAGUUGGACCCCUCAAUUUUCAAAAUAGGUUGCCAGCAGGCCAUAAAGAACAAAUGGAUAGAGAUGGGUAAAUCACAGGUGUCCAGGAAGGUACAACAUGUUGAUGACAGGGUGAGAGAUUUGCUCAUGCAGAUUCAAAACGGGGAGGCAGUCAAUGCAGAGGACAUUGAUGCUCUCAAAAAAAGAAAGCUUAUUUCUCCAUUGAUAUGGAAAGGCUAUUCAAUUAAAAAGGGUCCUAAGUAUGCUCCAAAAAGGAAAAAGGUGGCUACUGAUCUAACUCGAGAGAAUCUUCUAAGGGGAGAUUGGAGGGAGCUAGAGUUUAAAGAGUACAACUUCCUUGCGAAGGGCCAGCCAACCGAAGGUGGCUGUUUGCAUCCAUUACUCAAGGUGCGGCGUCAAAUGCAGAUGAUAUUUCUUCAGAUGGGGUUUGAAGAGAUGCCGACUAACAAUUUUAUUGAAAGCAGCUUCUGGAACUUUGAUGCACUUUUCCAGCCUCAACAACACCCAGCUCGUGACUCGCACGAUACAUUCUUUUUGAAAGAGCCUUCUACUACAAAAAUGCUUCCUGAAGAUUAUGUUGAGCGGGUAAAGGGAGUUCAUGAAUCUGGUGGUUAUGGGUCCAGGGGGUAUGGGUAUGAAUGGAAGAGAGAAGAAGCAAACAAGAAUAUUCUGCGGACUCAUACUACUGCUGUUUCCUCCAGGAUGCUGUAUGCACUUGCACAGGAUUUUACUCCCAAAAAGUACUAUUCCAUAGAUCGUGUUUUUAGGAAUGAAGCCGUGGAUCGGACGCAUCUUGCAGAGUUCCACCAGAUAGAAGGUUUAAUUUGCGAUCAUGGGCUUACCCUUGGACAUUUGAUAGGAGUUCUUGAAGAUUUCUUCUCUCGUCUGGGAAUGUCCAAGCUUAAAUUCAAGCCUGCUUACAAUCCAUAUACUGAACCCAGCAUGGAAAUCUUCAGUUAUCAUGAAGGUUUAGGGAAAUGGGUCGAAAUUGGAAACUCAGGCAUGUUCAGACCUGAAAUGCUGCUUCCCAUGGGGCUUCCCGAAGAUGUUCAGGUUAUCGCAUGGGGCCUUUCCCUUGAAAGGCCCACUAUGAUACUUUAUGGGAUCGACAAUAUCAGAGAUCUCUUCGGGCACAAGGUGGAUCUUGGUCUCAUUAAGAGGAACCCACUGUGCCGCCUUGGUCUUUAAUUGAUCCAAAUCAUUCCUCAUUAGAGUUAUAUUAUUUUGAAGCAAUAAUAAGAAAUGAGAUUCCAGAUACAAGCAAUUGAAUAGUGAAUUUUAUAAAGCAUUUUGAAGCAAUAAUAAGAAAUGAUCGAGGCAUCUGUUGUGGUAUUGUUAGAUGGAAAAUUUUCGAUGCAUCAACCUUGGAUUGAACCCUUUUAA